AUGGACCAGCCAACAACCUCACAAAAUGGAAAUAUUGUUUCUCAUAGUUCAGGAAAUUCACAGUCCACCUUGAGUAAGAGCAAAGCUAGUAUGCCGGCAUCAUCUGCUAGGCAAUCUUGGCCAGGUAAUUACCAAAGUUGUAAGAGCAGUUAUCAAAGUACACUCAGUUCAAGAAGAAACAAAGGCAAGUCUUAUUUUCAACCAUACAAGAUCAAAGAAACGUGGACACAUGGACAAUUUUGUGUUGUAGCUAACAAAGAUCAGAGGAAAGUUCCAUCUACUGCAUAUAAACAAGAACUGCGUGAAGCUGGACUUGGACAAAAGACUGUUAUCUUUAAAAAUAAAAGAGGGGAAUUCAGGCACAUCCAAGAAGAGCUAUUUAACCGUUUCAGCAAACUACAACAAGCCGGUGGUUUUGAUCUGUAUAGGCAAAUUAAGCUCUGGCAAAGACCUAAUUUACAUAAAACCUCCUCCAAAUGGCUACAGAAUUCCGUUUUUGUAGAAUGA